CUUUUCUCAUACAUCAAUAUUGGUUAAUGGAUUUCCUAACAUUAUAAAAAUGCACAUGUUACUAAACCAAGUAUCACAUUGUAGAUAUACAAUUAACGUUUAUUUUAUUUUUUUUAAAUUGUGAGAGCAAUAUGGUUAUAGUUACAAGUAUACCAAUAAUGAAUAUAUGGACAAAUCCACAUGUUCAAUGUGUAUACGAAAUUCUGUUCACAACCACAUUUGAAUAUGAUUCUCAAAACGACAUGUAUUAUCGGGUUAGAGGCUUUGUGAUCAGGUAAACAAAUACAUUUAAUCCAAAUGUAUAGCUUAAUAUUAUAUGUUAAAGAUGACUAAAUAAUCACAAUAAUAUUCAUUGCAAAGGAAAGAAGAAGAAAAAAAUGAUCGACAAAAUGAAAUCAAAUCGCAAGUGAAGUAUUUUCAACACGGACACAGGUCAGAUAAGGAAACGUAAACGCGUUCCCAUUUCAAAAUGGGUUUGGGAGCAAAGGCUUGGUUGGAGAAGCACCCCAAGUCAGAACAAUCUGGUAGCUCGAUCACGUGAACAAAUAUGCUUGUAUUUUAAGACGGUUCCUUUAUUUGUCAUCAUAACGGUUUCCGAAACACACAUAAACAACAACAACAACAACAUCCCAAUGUUAGCUUCAAAUCUGUGACUGUGUCUGAAAAUCUGUAUUUUUCAAUAGGAGAUUGAUUGGCCGAGAAUUUUUUUGGGGUGGAAUAAGGAUACCUUCUUCGUUUUUUUUAUUGGUAGUUGAAUGUGAGUCUUUCCAUUCUUUCGGGAAUACUGUCUGCAUUGGUAUAUGGAAAUGUCUGAAAAACCGCAAGAUCAGGUUUAGGACAGUAUUAUCUACAGACAAAGAGUGAAAGGAUAAAUUCUAGAGACUGCAGGGAAAGGAAUUGAGACUAAGAAGCACGAGCAUAUGAUCCACUGAUUCACAGGUCAUGGUGGAUGGAGGGAUGAGCACGUGAAGAAAAACACAACACUGAUCUGCAUAAAAUACGGUGAAAGAAUACUGAGGCGGUGGGAAACUCCAAUCACGUGAUAGAAGAACACCCAUACCAUUGGAUAGGGCUGCAUUGGCCUUCUUGUUUUGAAUCUUCACAAUGCAGAAAGCUACUUUCUACGAUAAUUCUGGAGUCUUUGGAAGCUACUCUUACCCCAAAUCCGAGUCAUAUAGUUAUGGCCCCAGUCACCAGCCCUACUCCACUUCUAACCUUGAGAGUGAUUAUCAGGGUCCAGUUUGUCCAAUACAAACCCCAACUGUACGGCCACCAACUCAUAAAGACAAUACCAUGAAUGUAAACUGCACGAGAUCCAGUAGCAGCCAAGGAAACAGCCAACUGCCGGGUAUUCGUGAACAGUCGCAAGCGCCUCCAGUGUCGGCCUCUUCGCCUAACUCCAGCAACACUUCAUCCCAGAAGAAGAAAUCUCCCUCAAACAAUGAUUCUAAUACUGCCACCCCAGUCACUAACAAACAAAUAUUCCCAUGGAUGAAGGAGACGCGAUCGAACGCCAAACUGAAAAGCAACAGCAGCAACAAUUGCUCAACCGCAGAAGGUGAGUCCUGCGAUGAAAAAAGCCCACCUGGUCCAGCCUCUAAACGGGUCCGAACUGCUUACACCAGUGCACAACUUGUAGAACUUGAGAAGGAGUUCCAUUUCAACCGGUACCUGUGUCGUCCCCGAAGAGUGGAGAUGGCUAAUUUAUUGAAUCUCACUGAGCGCCAAAUAAAGAUCUGGUUUCAAAACAGAAGGAUGAAGUACAAAAAGGAUCAGAAGGCUAAGGGGAUAAUGCACUCUCCCAUCGGACACUCCCCGGACAGAAGCCCACCAUUAAGUGGCCCAAAUCACAUUGGAUAUUCUGUCAACGUAAACUGUCUCAGCUAUGACGCACCGUCGCCCCCUUCAUUCGCCAAACCCCAGCAAAACAUGUACGGCUUGGCAGCUUACACGGCACCAUUAGGUGGCUGUAUACCGCAACAGAAAAGGUAUCCGGGCUCCGAAUACGAGCACCACAGCAUGCAAGGCAAUGGUGGCUUUGCCAACGCUCAUUUGCAAGGCAGUCCGGUGUACGUUGGGGGAAAUUUCGUUGAUUCCAUGCCAGCCUCGGGUCCCAUGUUCAACCUCGGCCAUCUACCCCAUCCCUCAUCCGCCAGCGUGGACUACAGCUGUGCCGCUCAGAUUCCAGGCAACCACCACCAUGGACCCUGUGAUCCCCAUCCCACAUAUACAGACCUCAGCUCUCACCAUGCGUCUCAGGGAAGGAUUCAGGAAGCGCCGAAACUAACGCAUUUGUAAAAUGUGAGGAUUUUGUCUGUGCCCAAAUUCUGUUAGGCUCUUUUAUUAUCUCAGUAGACUCAAUUCAUUUAUAUGAUUACACUAAAAGUGAGCCAUGUAUUACAAGUGUUAUUAUUGAUAUUACUAUUAAUGCUAUUGUGUAAUAAUUACUUUCUAAGAAUAUGUCUGGGCCAUUUUCUUGACUGUUGAGGAUGCGCAGGAGAGACCGUUUGUCUGUUGAGGAUGCGCAGGAGAGACCGUUUGUCUGUUGAGGAUGCGCAGGAGAGACCGUUUGUCUGUUGUUCGUUUUCUGAAGUGCAAUGCGCAGUAUUGGGGACGGAAAACGUCAUUAACAUUACUUGAAGGUAAGUCCUGUAGAUCUGACAGUAGUUACCCAUCUUUAUAGGGAUGGGUUUUUAUAAAAAUAAAAAAAGCUCCAAGGUGUCUGUUUGCUAUAUUUGAAGCGUCUUAUUUAUUUUUCCAAUAUUGUAUUGCAUUUAUCUAAUUUUCUGUAUGUAUUAUUUAAGGUUUUUGUAUUACACAUUAUUUAUAAUUUACAUGUAUGACUAUUUAUAUGGACAUCUAGAAUUUAUGCAACAUCGUUGGACAGACUUUGACAUCACGGCCCUUCAAUAGGUACACGGGUUUUUGGUGAAUGCUUGUUUCAAAAUAUGCCUUCAGAGGCUGGUGGUCUUAGGUUUGUUGUAGAAUGAACUCCUACGUGUAAAUCUGGGAAUAUUGGGGAUUUUUUUACGUGUCUCUAUGAAAAACAAAGUUAGGCUACAUGUAGCUCUAUAAAAAUACCGAAUAUUACAGAAAUGAAUCACACCAGUAUGUCAUUUGUUGUCAUUGCCAAUUUUCAUAUCAGGUCAUUGUCAUUUCAUCAGUUGGACUGUCCAUGCAUACAUUUAUGAAACGCUAAUGAUAUGAAAAUGUUAUAUUUUAAUGUGUUUAACAUUUUGUAAAUAAAGUGCUUA